AUGAUGUAUCUUCCUCAAGCUUCACUUCUAUUCUUAAAUACAUUUAUUUUUAUUUGUGGAGAAGUUAUACAAGGUAACUGUGUACGUCAUUCUACGGAUUCUCCAGGAGUCAACACUGUAGAAGAUGUAUCUAAUGCAAAAGAUGAGAGUAAAAGUAAUGAUACUGUUUAUAAGGAAGACUGUGAAGAGUUGUGUGAUGUUAAAAUUAAAAUUACACGAGAAGAAAAACAUUUCAUGUGUAGAAAUUUGCAAAAUUCUAUUGUUUCCUACACACGAAGUACCAAAAAACUGCUAAGAAACAUGAUGGAUGAGCAACAAACCUCCUUGGAUUAUUUAUCCAGUCAGGUUAACGAGCUCAUGAAUCGAGUUCUCCUUCUGACGACAGAAGUUCUCCGAAAACAGCUGGACCCUCUUCCUCACAGGCCAGUGCAGUCACAUGGUUUAGAUUGUACUGAUAUUAAAGACACCAUUGGCUCUGUCACCAAAACACCAAGUGGUUUGUAUAUAAUCUACCCGGAAGGAUCUAGUUACCCAUUUGAGGUGAUGUGUGACAUGGAUUAUAGAGGAGGUGGAUGGACUGUGAUACAGAAAAGGGUUGACGGGAUCACUGAUUUCCAGAGGCUGUGGUGUGAUUAUCUGGACGGAUUUGGUGACCUUUUAGGUGAAUUUUGGCUAGGACUAAAAAAGAUUUUUUAUAUAGUAAAUCAGAAAAACACCAGUUUUAUGCUGCAUGUUGCAUUGGAAUCUGAAGACGACACAUUUGCUUACGCAUCAUAUGACAACUUUUGGCUAGAAGAUGAAACAAGUUUUUUUAAGAUGCACUUAGGACGGUAUUCAGGAAAUGCUGGUGAUGGAUUCCGGGGCUUCAGAAAAGAAGAUAACCAAAAUGCAAUGCCUUUCAGCACAUCGGAUGUCGAUAAUGACGGAUGUCACCCUGCAUGCCUGGUCAGUGGUCAGUCUGUAAAAAGCUGUAGUCGCCUCAGUAACAACACUGGCUGGUGGUUCAGCCAGUGUGGUCUGGCAAAUCUAAACGGCAUUCAUCGCUUCCCUGGAAAAUUGGUCUCGACCGGGAUUCAGUGGGGCACAUGGACCAGAAACAAUUCCCCUGUCAGGAUUAAAUCUGUUUCAAUGAAAAUUAGAAGAGCGUACAAUCCAUAUUUUAAGUAA